AUGAUGCGGGCAUUCAAAAAGCCCGGAGUCCAGCGCUGGUUUGGCCUCGGCCGUCCCUUUUCCGCGUUGGGCUUGCAGGACAUCCCAGGACCCAAAGCUUGGCCGAUUGUGGGGGCUCUACCCGACUUCAUGUUAAGAUUGAAUGGCAUGAGCCAGCCGAAAGGCCCACAGAUGAACAAGGCCUACGACGACUACUACCAUGAGUUUGGAGACAUCUACAGGCUGCGACUGGUCGGCGAGGAGAAUGUGACGGUUUGCAGACCUGAUUUGUACAUGCAGAUGUAUCGAAACGAAGGAAUGUACCCGGUGGGGGCCCUCGAUAGCGCUUGGAUUCUCAAGCGCUGGAGCAAAACGAACGACAAGAAAGCCAUGUCGGAGUGGUUUGGCAAUGGUGAGCCUUGGCGAAGGUACCGCCUCGCGGUGCAGGAAGACAUUAUCGGCCCGAAGACAGCGCGCUCUUACCUUCCCUACAUCAAUGAGUCCGUCAACUUGGCAUCCACCCACCUGCCAACUUUCGCCAAAGAGCCGAAUGAGUUCACUACGCGCCUGGCGUUCGACAUGUUCAGUGCGUUGUUCUACGGCCGGCAGAUGAAAACGACGUCUCCUGAUGCGAGCACCGAGGACAUGGACUUUGUGCGGAACACCCAGGAAACGUUCAAACUGAUGGGAACUUCGCUCUACAACCGCCACCUUCAGAUGGGAAUCUUCCGCAAUCAUCCUGUAAAUCGGGACUUCAACACGGCUUUCCAACGUAGUUUCGACUACUCGUGCCAGCUGCUUGAUGAGGCGCUGGAAAAGUCGAAGGACAUGCCGGCUGACACAAAACCGUACAUCGUGCGAAUCACUGAUCGCGGCAGCAUCCCGCUGGACGACAUCAAAGACAUAGCUGCGAGCCUCCUGCUAGCGGGCAUUGACACCACGCAGUCCGUGAUCAGCUGGAACCUCGUGAACCUUGCCAAGAACCCGGACAAGCAGGAGAUCCUAAGGAAGGAGCUUCGUGAAGUGCUUGGUUCGGGAGACCUCACCGAGGAAAUCGCAGCAAACAUGAAGACGAAGCUUCCCUAUCUCAAAGCAGUGAUCCGGGAAUCGCACCGACUCACUCCAGCCUCUGCUACUAUGACCGUGCGCCCGGCUCCCUGCGAUCUGGAACUCGAUGGCUACAAAGUGCCGGAAGGCACCAGGGUACUCUUCAACGUCUUCUCCGUGCAGAACGACCCCAAGUAUGUCGAGGAUCCUUCGGAAUUCAAGCCGGAGCGCUGGCUGGCGGAUGCCGUUGAGGCUCGCAAAGGAACCGAAGCGGAGGUGAUCGAUGAUAAGCUGCUGGCUACACCCUUCUCUUUUGGUGCCCGAAUGUGUUUGGGAGGUCGUGUAGCCGAGCUCGAGCUUUCUGUGGCGAUCGCCCGCUUGGUCCGAGACUGGAGUAUCAGCUUGGCGAAGGAUCAACCUGACUGGGUCAAUGUGCAGCCUAUGCUGACAACGCCGUCCCCUUUUCCGGCCUUUGUGGUCGAGGCGGCGUCUUAG